GAGGGACUCCUCCGUGUGGGCGAAACCGACCGGCUUAGUGUCAGUAACAGCCACUAAGGGCGCUCUACAGCAGCGAGUUACUGAAUGCAAGUCACCCUGAGCACAUCAGUUUGACAACAAUAGAUCUUUCUGCCUGUAUAUCUGGCGGUGAGAGUUGUAGUUACUCACUCUGUCUGCCACUGAGGGAAACAGCUCGCUUGGCACAUUUCGACGCAGCAAAUACAGUGUUUAGCAACUCUUUAGCUUAGCAACUGAAAGCCACAUGGAUCCUCAAAACACCAACAUUAACGCUGAGGGGAAUGGGCUGCUGAACCACGGCAAGACCCUCCGACUCCACACCGGGAAUUUAGUGAACCGGAGCCGGCUUAAGAAGAAGUGUCCAGGUUCUCCCAGCGAGGAGCUCCGAGACUGCAUCCAAGCCACGCUGAGGGACUGGUUGUCCUCAGCUAAAACUACAAACGCAGACUUCCCAAACACACUGGACUGCUGCAUUCCAGAGGCUACGGAUGCUAUCAGUCCUGAAGAAAGAGAUGAACUGAAGGUUUCAGUGAAGCUCUUCCUCUGUGAGUCGGGCCAGUCAGCUAUCAGAGAUGCAGUGGAGAUUGCUUGCCAGACGUUGGCAGUGUCCCAGCUCGACUCUGUCAUCAUAGCGCCCCCUGGACCUGUGGAGGGUGACAAUCAGACUCUGGCUCACCUGCAGCCAGUGUGGGAGGAGCUGGAGGCUCUGGUCAGGAAGCAGAAGAUCGCAGCCAUUGGCACGUCUGAUCUGGACAAAGAUCUGCUGGAGCAACUCUACAACUGGGCCCAUCAGGUGAAGCCCAGCAGUAAUCAGGUGAACCUGGCCUCCUGCUGCGUGAUGCCCCCUGAUCUGACAGCCUUCGCCAAAGAGUUUGACAUCCAGCUGCUCACACACAACGACCCCAAAGAGCUGAUGUCAGCAGCUGCAUUCCAGGAGGCGAUGCAGGAAGGAGCGCCAGGCCUGAGCCCCACCGAGUGGAGGCUCGAGUGGGUCCUCCGCUACUCUGUCAUUGUCAAGAGCCGCGGCAUCAUCAGAUCCAAGGGUUACCUGGUCAGCGCGAGGAGGGCAAACCCCUAGCACUCAAACAAAGGGAGGAAGGAAAACACACGGAUGAUGCCAUUUUCCUCAGUUGUCAUUCUGACACAUAUAGUUAGAGCUCUGAUUAAUGGACACUGAACGUCAUGAAGUAAUUAAAGUAAUUUAUUCUUCUGAUAAAGUCACCUAAAAGAUGAACUUAGUGGUUACCAGUAUCUCUGUCUUACAUAAGCACUUGGUGGAUCAUCACCAUCAACAGCAGUUCAGACAGCCGCUCAGACACACAGUAAAUGAUGUUUUAUUACUAGAAACUGUUGGUUGCUAAACCUUGGUUCAACGUGGAGGAAAUUGUCUUGAUUUAAAGUGCCUCUCUACUGCCCCCUUCUCCUCCCAGACUUACCUGCUUUGCACUUGAUAUGUGGGAAUGGAGCUUAGAAAAAUGUUCUGAAUAAAAGCACUAUUGGUACUGUAAAUAAAAGAGAAAAGGAAUAAAAUAAAUUCGUUUUGAACAUA